GCCCGCCCGCCCGCCCGCGGUCCGUCGCCCCUCGGUCGGCCGCUGCCAUGGGCACCAACAGCCGCGCGGCCGGCGCGCUCCUGGCGCGGGCCAGCACCCUGCACCUGCAGACCGGGAACCUGCUCAACUGGGGUCGCCUGCGGAAGAAGUGCCCGUCCACGCACAGCGAGGAGCUUCGAGAUUGUAUCCAAAAGACCUUGAAUGAGUGGAGUUCCCAAAUCAGCCCAGAUUUGGUCAAGGAGUUUCCAGAUGUCUUGGAGUGUACUGUAUCUCAUGCAGUAGAGAAGAUAAACCCAGAUGAAAGAGAAGAAAUGAAAGUUUCUGCAAAACUGUUCAUUGUAGGAUCAAAUUCUUCAUCAUCAACUAGAAAUGCAGUUGACAUGGCCUGUUCAGUCCUUGGAGUUGCACAGCUGGAUUCUGUGAUCAUUGCUUCACCUCCCAUUGAAGAUGGAGUUAAUCUUUCCUUGGAGCAUUUACAACCUUACUGGGAGGAAUUAGAAAACUUAGUCCAAAGCAAGAAAAUUGUUGCUAUAGGCACCUCUGACUUAGACAAAACACAGUUGGAACAGUUGUAUCAGUGGGCACAGGUAAAACCAAAUAGUAACCAAGUUAAUCUUGCCUCCUGCUGUGUGAUGCCACCUGAUCUGACUGCAUUUGCUAAACAGUUUGACAUACAGCUUUUGACUCAUAAUGAUCCAAAAGAACUGCUUUCUGAAGCAAGUUUCCAAGAAGCUCUUCAGGAAAGCAUCCCUGACAUUCAAGCACAUGAGUGGGUACCACUGUGGCUACUGAGAUACUCGGUCAUUGUGAAAAGUAGAGGAAUCAUCAAAUCAAAAGGCUACAUUUUGCAAGCCAAAAGAAGGGGUUCUUAACUACAGCUUAGCGUUCAUGACCUGUUGGCCUGUAUUUUUCUUAAAUAUAAAAUUGAGAUGUGUAAAAUCUAGCUAUGAUCUAGUAAUAGUGUCAUUGAAGCAUAUAUUCUUUAUUAUGUUGGAUAGUAUGUUGUCUGUCAUGUUUUGAGUACUUCUUUGGCCUCCGUGUCAGUCCAUUCACAUGAACCACUGUAUUGUUUUUAUUAAAAAAUUGUUUUCUAUUUGAAAUUGUCUAUAUAAAAAAUACUUGGGAAAUAUUUUUCCUUUAUUUUUAUGAGUAACAGAAAUCAAGAAAAUUUGUUGGUAGAUAUAUUUUGGCCUAGGAAUCAGGAUAAUGUAUAUACAUAUUUUUUAUUUCCAAAAAAAAUCAUUAAUUUCUUUUUACUUUACAAUGUAUAGCAAAGCAAUUUCAUUUCAGUUAUUGAAACUAAAAUACUGGAAGAUUGUUUUCUGUCAUUGAUAAAAUAACCAUCUCUUAGAGUAAUUUGAGUAGAUGGGAUCUAGUAGUGUAAGUAAAAUUAAUUCAAUACAUG